AUGUCGUCUUCAAAGGUGCUGGAGCUGAUCUGUACCAGGGAGUCUGGCGCUGUGUUCGAGGCCGGCGGUCUGAACUGUGUGCUGACCUUCAUCAGAGACAGCGGACACCUGGUCCACAAAGACACGCUGCACUCCGCCAUGUCCGUGGUGUCCCGGCUCUGCAGCAAGAUGGAGCCUCAGGACUCGUCUCUGGAGACCUGCGUCGAGUCUCUGUCCAGCCUCCUCAAACACGAAGACCACCAGGUGUCAGACGGUGCCCUGCGCUGCUUCGCCUCAUUGGCCGACAGGUUUACUCGCCGCGGUGUUGACCCCGCCCCUUUAGCCAAACAUGGGCUGACGGUGGAGCUGCUAUCCCGCAUGGCGGCCGCCGGCGGCUCCGUGACAGGCCCCGCCUCCUCCUGUAAGCCCGGCCGGACCUCCACAGGCUCCGCCCCCUUGGCCCCAGACGCAAAACUGAGCAACCAGGUGUCGACCAUCGUCAGCCUGCUGUCCACGCUGUGCCGGGGGUCACCGCUCGUCACACAUGACCUGUUGCGUUCAGCGCUGCCCGACUCGAUGGAGUCCGCUCUGGGAGGAGACGAGCGCUGCGUGCUGGACACCAUGCGGCUGGUGGACCUCCUGCUGGUUCUGCUGUUCGAGGGACGGAAGGCUCUUCCCAAAUCCACAGCCGGGUCCACGAGUCGGAUCCCCGGCCUGCGACGCCUCGACAGCUCAGGGGAGAGAUCCCACCGACAGCUCAUCGACUGUAUCCGCAGCAAAGACACCGACGCUCUGAUCGACGCUAUCGACACCGGAGGUAAGAAAACUGACCGUGGAUACGGCUAA